AUGCAGAAAUUUGCUCAACAGGGAAAACUUAAGAUUUUUUCUUACUUAAGUGCUUUUCCCCCUACAGAUGCAGAACAGUGCAUCUUGUGUGCAGAUCAAGAGUACCCAAGCAUGGAGAGAAAUCACUGCCUCCCCAAGCUGAUGACCUUCUUAGGCUUUGAGGAAUUUCUGGGGAUGGCUCUGGCCUGCAUGGCUCUGUGCUUCUCUGUCCUCACAGCUGCGGUCCUCUGGGUCUUUGUGAGGCACCGAGACACUCCCAUCGUCAAGGCCAAUAACAGGACCCUCAGCUACAUCCUGCUCAUCACCCUGCUCCUGUGCUUCCUCUGCUCCUUACUCUUCAUUGGCCGUCCCAACACAGCCACCUGCCUCCUCCGGCAAAUAGCAUUUGGCCUUGUGUUCACAGUGGCUGUUUCCACUGUGCUGGCCAAGACCAUCACUGUGAUUCUGGCCUUCAAAGCUCUGAAACCUGGGAGAACAAUGAGGCGAUUGCUGGUAAUAGGAGCUUCUAACUUCAUCAUUCCCAUCUGCUCUUUCAUCCAACUGGCUCUCUGUGGCAUCUGGUUGGGAAGUUCUCCCCCCUUUAUUGACAUAGAUGUACACUCUGAGCCUGGCCACAUCAUCCUGGUGUGCAACAAGGGCUCGGUCACUGCCUUCUACUGUGUCCUGGGCUACCUGGGCUCCUUGGCCCUGGCGAGCUUCAUUGUGGCUUUCCUAGCCAGGAAUCUGCCUGACACGUUCAAUGAAGCCAAGUUCCUGACGUUCAGCAUGCUGGUGUUCUGCAGUGUCUGGGUGACCUUCCUGCCUGUCUACCACAGCACCAAGGGGAAGGUCAUGGUGGCUGUGGAGGUCUUCUCCAUCUUGGCCUCCAGUGCAGGUAUCCUGGGCUGCAUCUGACUCAAAUGCUAUGUUAUUCUCAUAAAACCCGAUAAAAAUUCUUUGAAAGCUUUAAAAAAUCAGAGCAGUUCAAGAGGAUCCUAA